AGCCCAGCAGCCGGACAACAACCAGCAACAACCACUGACUCCCAUCACCAUCACCUCCCGAGCACUCUCACUCCGCCGUCUAGUGCUAGCCACAUUCGAAACAGAUACCUCAAGCCCAACCUAUCAUCGUCCUCGUCAGACGCCAACCCGGUCUUACCAAUGAGCUCACAUGGAGAAGUUUCCUGGGAAACCUUGCGACGCCAAAUCCGGAGUCUCGAAAAUACAUUGGAAUCAGAAAUCACCACCUAUGCUAAACUAUGCACCUCCGUCUCAACUGCGUACAGCUCGAAUGGGAAACUUAGCGAGCGGACGAUUACAGAAUCUAGAGAGGUGGAAGAACGGAUCGAAGAUAACCUGAAACAACUCUCUUUACAAGUAGAUCAAAUAUACAGACUGCUCCAAACCAGCUCAGCUGCUCCUACAGGAUCGAUGACCCACGCCUGCAACCGACACAAAGAAGUGCUUCAGGAGUACGAGCGAGACUUCAAACGAACACGGACCUCGUUGCGUGAAUGUGAACAGCGGGCCUCGUUACUCUCUUCAGUCCGCUCCGAAAUCUCAUCCUUCAAGUCCUCCCAGAUCGCAUCCGAGCAAGACCGUCAUCUCAACGAUAGGAGCUCGAUCAACUCUAGCCAUCGUUUGGCUGACGACGUCCUCGGGCAAGCUUAUGAGACUAGGUACCAAUUCUCUAACCAACGUCGGACUCUUUUCAAUAGCAAUUCUCGAAUGGGUAGCGUCAUUGCAACCGUGCCCGGUGUCAACUCUUUGAUCAGCAUGAUCAAUUCACGAAGAAGAAGGGACACCUUAAUCCUUGCCACCGUUGCAGGGGGAUGCACAUUCAUGCUCCUCCUUCUCACUUUUCGUUAAUCCACCUUCUAUUUGCUGUUUCUUCUCUUCCUCGUCUCAUCUCCAUUGUAUACUGUAUAUGUACAUCGCAUCCUUUGUUCUUUCUAUAUCCUAUUGUCCUUUCUUCUUCUUCUUUGUCUCUCCUUCGUUUGAUCGUGGUUCGCAAUAAUAGAGUAACGCAAGGGUUUACUUCUUUUUUGUCUUUGAAUGAGUGAAAAGAUUGUUGUACUGGAUCGUCCAUUCUUCAUCCACCUCUGCCUUUUUCAACUCUAUUACCAUUGGUAUUGUCAACACAAGAUGAGGAAAUGGGAAGGCACUGCUCAGACAAUGUGUCUGACUCAAAAUGAAUAUACUCUUGUGAUUUUUAC